UAGCGGCUGGUGCAAUCAGGAGACGUUGCCCUUUGGGCAUUCCUGAGAACCAUACAUUGUGGAAGGAAGCGAAGGAAAUCCUUGCUGUCAUAAUAUUUGGCAGUAUUAUUUUUAGGCAUUUAGUGCGCAUUUGCGGCGUUCUUGUCUCCGAGAAGGAUGCCCAAAAGUUGUAUUGCUUAGAACUGUUUUGUCCAUUUUUAUUCAGAAAAAGAUAAAACCAAAACUGAUCCCAAGGCUCAGUGUCAGUACUUCAAGUUCUGAGAGAGCAGAAUGGCUACUCGUGGGGUUAGUGAGACUGAGAAACUCCAAAAGAAUCUGACAGAUCAGCUUGACAGAUUGAUGUCUCAGCUGCAGGACUUGGAGGAUUCAAAGGAUGACCUUGAUGCAGAUGAAUACAAUGAAACCAGACAGGACACCAUAGAGCAGCUGAAGGAGUUCCAGCAGAGACUGAGCAAGUUCAGUGAGGGAGAUCUGUCUCUGGUUGACCAGUUUGGAGCCACACAACUGGCGAUCCAGGCAGCCAUAACGGAGGCGUUCCGCACGCCGGAGAUAAUCGGCCUGUUCGCGCGCCGCCAGCCGGAGGGUCUCCGUCAGCGGCUGUCCCAGCUCGAGAGGGACCACCGGCUCGGCCACCUGGCCGAGGAGAGCUUCAGCCAGCAGAGGCUGGAGAUCUUGUCUGCGCUGAAGAAGCUGGGCGAGCCUCUGACGCCGGAGGAGGUCCACUUCAUGACCACCAACACCACCGACGACCUGCGCCAGUUCCUCGAGGACGACAUGACCGUGUCAUCGGAGCGGGUGGUGCGGCUGGCACAAUCGGGACUGUCGGGCGGCACGUGAGCAGCCUCCGUCCGACUUCUGAGCUCGUGCCGCGCCGAAGGGUCUGGGACUGCCGAACUCCCACCCUGCCGACCGUUAUUAGACGGACGGCUCACGCCACCGGAACAGAACGCCAGUCGAGCCUUCACCGACCCACUGAGGAGUGAUGUCGGGAAUCGACAGUUCAUGGGUACCUAAACCAAGUGCGCUGCUGGUUGGCAAAGCGAGGGUUUGUAUGUAAUGGCAGCCUAUCCCUAUAUCGUUCAUAUUGCGGGACUUUUUAAAUCAGCUGCGUCGGUUAUCGAUAUUCAGAUAUAAACAACUCGGUGUUCACUAUUUAUUAACAUGAGCUGCAAUUAACAGUUGGACGCUGAGCUGAGCGAUGAGAUGGGUUUUAAUUACACAUUCGCCACGUUACCUGAUAUUGGAGGCUGUAUGUAGGUUCUAUGUGUGUUGGUGCUCGGCGCCUUUUUCCCGGGCGUUUGUUGCCUGUUGAUGUCUGUGGCUCGCUGCCGGCGAGAGUUGCCAGUUUUACCAGACGGGUGGUCUGCUCGCUCCACGGUACCACCGGUUUAAUACAGUGUUCAUUCUGUUUCA